AUGCGAUUGCGGGUUGAUGUAUGUCGAGCGAUAGUGCUAACUUCUCUAGUCUGGAUGCUCCUUGAUGUAACUAUACUAUUUUAUGUUCUCGACACAGGUACUACUAAAAUCGCGACAACCAAAGCUGCAUUGAAAUUACGAGGUGAUCGUCGCUCUGAUGAUGAUUUUAGGACAGAUUCGAGAGAUUUUGUUGAUCAAGAAGUAGCAAAUGAACUAGAAAAACUGCUUAAAAAUUUAACAUUUGAAAGGAAUGGACCAGGUGAAAUGGGUAGUGCAGUAGUCAUUGAUAAAUCCAGGCAGGAAGAGCGCGAUCGAAAAUUCAAAGAAAAUCAGUUUGAUGUAAUGGCUUCAGACAUGAUAUCUAUUAACAGGACAUUACCCGACUAUCGCUCAUCAAAGUGUCGUGAAGUUGCUCGAAAAUAUAACACAGCUAAUUUUUCUCCUACAUCAAUAGUAAUAGUUUUUCAUAAUGAAGCAUGGAGUACACUGCUUCGUACAUUACAUUCCAUAUUAAAUCGAAGUCCACGUUAUCUGAUCGAAGAAAUUGUUCUUAUUGAUGAUUUCUCUAAUCGAACGUAUUUGCAAAAGCCUCUUGAUUUGUAUAUCAAAAGAUUCCCACUUCCCGUUCAUCUUAUUCAUUUACCAGAACGUUCAGGACUUAUUCGAGCACGUUUGCAUGGUGCAAAGGUUGCAAAAGGAAGAGUUCUCGUGUUUCUCGACGCACAUGUAGAAGUGUCGGAGGGCUGGUUAGAACCGUUGCUUGACCGUAUAUCAGCAGAUCGGAAACGUGUCGUAGCACCAAUCAUUGAUGUUAUUUCAGAUGAAAAUUUCGAAUAUAUAACAGCGUCUGAUGUUACAUGGGGUGGUUUCAAUUGGCAUCUUAAUUUUCGAUGGUAUUCGGUACCAAUGCGAGAAAUGGAGCGACGUGGCCACGAUCGUUCAAUUCCUCUGCAAACUCCAACUAUUGCUGGAGGAUUGUUUGCGAUUGAUCGGCAAUUUUUCUACGACAUCGGUUCAUAUGAUGAGGGAAUGGAAGUUUGGGGUGGCGAAAAUCUUGAAAUUUCUUUUAGGGUUUGGAUGUGUGGUGGUAGUUUGGAGAUUCACCCUUGUUCUCGAGUUGGCCAUGUAUUUCGAAAACAAACUCCGUAUUCUUUCCCCGGUGGUACUGCAAAAGUGAUUAAUAAAAAUGCUGCUCGUACUGCUGAAGUGUGGAUGGAUGAAUAUAAGGAAAUAUUUUACAGCAUGGUGCCAAUUGCCAGAACCAUAAAUCUUGGAGAUUUAACAGAGAGAAGAAUACUGCGGGAAAACUUACAAUGCAAAACUUUCCGAUGGUAUCUUGAGAAUAUUUAUCCGGAAUCUACCAUUCCAAUAAAUUUCGUCAGUUUAGGACAGAUAAAGAAUGUAGCAAAAAUGAAAUGCAUGGAUACAGUAGGUCGACCAUUUGGAGAAUUUCCAGAACUGUUCCCUUGCCAUGGCAAGGGCGGUAAUCAGUUAUGGUCAUACACUGCAAACAAUGAAAUUCGCUCAGAUGAAACUUGCAUCGGGCUUACGGAAAAAGGUAUUACAAUGAAAAAGUGUUCGUCUUCUGAACCAUCAAAGGAUAUGUUGUUCGACUAUAAUGCAAUAUCGCUUACGUUGAAGCAUCGAAAAACUGGUUUAUGUUUGCAAGCAGUUGAAACGAAAAUAGAAUUAGGUUUUUGUGUUGAUGAUGAGGACAGCCAAAAAUGGAAAUUAGGAGGAUUCAGUCCGCAGAAAUUGUGA